AUGGCGAGCGCUUUUAUUAGCUCGAGGGCUUGCGUGCUGCUGGCGCUGCUCCUGGGGCUCUGCACCGCCGGCGCGGCGGCGGGCAGGGUCGACGACGGCCUGGAGGUGACGUGGGGCGACGGCCGCGGGAGCGUCUCGCCCGACGGCCAGGUGCUGACGCUGUCGCUCGACCACACCUCCGGCUCCGGGUUCCGCUCCAAGGACACGUACCUCUUCGCGCGCGCCGACGUGCAGAUCAAGCUCGUCCCCAACAACUCCGCCGGCACGGUCACCACCUUCUACUUCAUCUCGGAGGGGCCAUGGGAUGUCCACGACGAGGUCGACCUCGAGUUCCUGGGCAACGUGAGCGGGCAGCCCUACACGCUGCACACCAACGUGUACGCCUACGGCAACGGCAGCAGGGAGCAGCAGUUCCACCUCUGGUUCGACCCCACCACCGACUUCCACACCUACUCCAUCGAGUGGACGCAGCAGCACAUCCUCGUGCUGGUGGACGGGACGCCGAUCCGGGAGUUCAAGAACCACGCGGACCGGGGCGUGCCGUACCCGUCGUCGCAGCAGAUGCGCCUGUACGGCUCGCUGUGGGACGCCGAGGACUGGGCCACGCAGGGCGGCCGCGUCAAGACGGACUGGUUGCAGGCCCCCUUCGUGGCGCAGUACCGCAACUUCACGGCCACCGCGCCGCCGCCGCUGGGGUCGGCUAAUGGGUAUGGGCAGCAGAUGGACGCGGCGGCGCAGCAGUCGAUGAAGUGGGCGCGGGACAACUACAUGGUGUACGACUACUGCGCGGACACCAAGCGCUUCCCGCAGGGCGUCCCGCCCGAGUGCUCCAUGCCGUAG